AUGGAAAUUAUUUCACAGUCUAUUUCAAAGUUAUUCAGGACGUCCGGGAAGAGAGCAAAACAAUCUUUUGUUCUUCCAGAGGGAUUAUGCCGGACAUUUUCACUCGCUGAGAUCAAGAAAGCUACCAAUAACUUCGAUGUGAAAUUAUUAAUUAAUGAUGGAGGUUCAUGCUCUAUAUAUAAGGGAUUUAUUGAUGACUGUACCAAAAAGGUUGCAGUAAAGAAGUUUAAUACGUAUUUCGAAGAGCGGUUUGGGACCGAGAUACUGUUACUCUGCCAGCUACGCCACCAUAAUCUCGUCAAUCUCAUCGGAUAUUGUACUGACAAACUCGAGUUGAUCCUGGUCUUCGAGCUCAUAGCAAAUGGAUCCCUCUCUGAACACCUCUCCCGGGACCAAGAUAAUCCCCUGCCGUGGAAACGAAGACUAGAGAUUUGCAUUGGAGUGGCGCGUGGACUGCACUACCUUCACAGUGGGGUGAAGCAUACUAUCAUUCACCGUGAUGUGAAGUCAAGCAACAUUUUGUUGGACGAGAACUGGGAGGCCAAGUUGAAAGGUUUCUGCUUUGCCAAAAUGGGUCCCCCUAGUUUGUCAAAGGCUUUAAUUAGGAUUGAGUCUUUAGUUGUGGGUUCUUUUGGAUACCUGGAUCCUGUUUAUUUUCAAACAAGUGAGCUGACCGAUAAAUCUGACGUCUACAGUUUCGGUGUGGUACUGUUUGAAGUACUCUGUGCGAGAAGAGCAGCGAACAGCGAAGUAGAGCGCGGACAGCGGAUUCUGGCCUCCUGGGCUCUAAAUUGCGUAGAAGAUGGGACCAUUAAUGAGAUAAUUGAUCCCUAUCUGAAGGGGAAGAUAGCUCCAGAGUGUUUUAAGAUAUACGUGAACAUUGCAACUUCUUGCCUGCAAUUAAACGAUAUGAAACGUCCCACGAUUAGUGAAGUGGAUGUCGGCCUUGAACACGCACUGGAGCUGCAAGAGUGUGCAGAUGCUGCGAUAAGGAAGGAUGGUGUGGAGUCUGGUAGUGAUCACUGA